AGUUCUUCGCAAACACUCCACAAAGAAAAGACUGCGUAGCGCCCAAAAGUGGCGAAGAAAACGUAUACCUGGCUCUCCCGCUCCGCGUUGAAAUUAUAGCUCAAGUCAACUGGGACGAGAGAGUGGUUGAAAUUAGCUUCAGAUCUGAACAUUUGUAAAUUCGACCCGCACAAAUUGUUAGUUGAGUUCUGUUAAUGGAUCAGAUUUUGAACAAGGUGGGUUCGUAUUGGCUGGGCCAAAAAGCCAACAAGGAACUUAACUCCGUUGGGGAUGAUAUUAGCUCAUUGUCAAACAGUAUCGAAGGAGGAGCCAAAUGGUUGGUCAACAAGUUAAAAGGAAAAAUGCAAAAACCACUGCCUGAGCUCCUGAAGGAGUAUGACCUGGCCGUUGGUAUAUUCCCUCGUGAUGCCACCAAUUAUGAGUUCAAUGAGGAGACGGGGAAGCUCACUGUUUACAUUCCAUCAGUCUGUGAAGUAGGCUACAAAGAUUCAUCUGUAUUGCGUUUCUCAACUGUUGUAACUGGUUAUCUGGAGAAAGGUAAGCUGGCUGACAUAGAGGGAAUCAAAACGAAAGUGAUCGUUUGGGUCAAAGUGACUUGUAUUUCGUCUGAGAAAUCAAAGCUCAAUUUCACUGCUGGAAUGAAGAAAUCCAGAAGCAGAGAUGCUUACGAGGUUCUUAGAGAUGGGAUUACUGUAGACAAAUUCUAAGGUUGACAUUCCAUGUUUGAUUGUCACAAAAUGGUAUGAGGAUGCCGUUUUCAUGGCCUGCGUGCUUGGAUGCUGUAAUCAUGACUCCUUUAAUCAGUGUGGUAAAUAAUAGUUUGUGAAAGGUUGAUCCAUGUUACCCUGAAAUAGGGACGCCACCCCGCCCUUCUUCAGUCAGCUUCUCAAAAUAUAAAUGGGUUUAAAGCCGGAUAUCAGGUGUUAGCUUUUGGACUCGGAGUUUAUGCAGAUUUGGUCCGAUUUAAAAUAUUCUGUGGGCUUUUUUUUAUUCAUCAUGUAUGCAAUCAUGUUAUAUAUAAUAUAUAUGACUUUUGGUUUCUCACUUAUGCUA